AUGUACAAAAUCAUAUCCAGGAUACUUAUGCGAGAGAGCACGAACAUGUUGGAGCCCUUAAAACGCACCUCGAUACAACGUGGACUUGUGAAAGCGAUAAAGAGUGCGAAAGAGCCUGACAAAGUGGCUAACCUGAAAAAGUAUUGGUUUGACAAGUACAUGAAUUACAUCAAGAACUAUGAGCGCACGCUUGAACAAAGAUUUCCACGUACGAUGCAGGUGUAUCGCGUGUUCAGCAUCGGCAGUAAAGACGUGUACACGGACUUGAAAAGGUUUGUCUUGGCGAUAAAGAAACAAGGAUCGAAUGGCAUGGAUAGUUUGACGCGGGAGGAGCUGCAGUUGAUGUAUACGAUGCCGAGAGACCUGCGAAAACUGUCACCGUUGUUCCUGUUGUCGGCUGUUCCAUUUACGAAUUACAUUAUUUUUCCUCUAGCCGUUUACUUUCCACGUUACCUGUUGACAUCACACUAUUGGACGCUUCAGCAGAAAUUAGACUUCAUGCUGUCUGAUCAUAAGAACAGGCUCAAGCAUAACAGACCACUGUUCAGAUGCAUGCAGAUGGAGCUUAAGACCAUCAAAGAUCAAACACUCAGGAUAAAAUGGCGUGAUGUUAUAGCCUGUCUAGGAAGCGGUACGCAUCCAACCACCACGAAUAUUAUAGCAUGUUCUGAGCUCUUCUCGGGUCCACCAUAUUCCCUCAAUACUUUAAAGAGGAAACACAUGAGAGAAUUAUUAGCAAUACAUGGUAUGUCUCUGUGGAGACCUUUCAAAAGAAAAAGAUUGAUGGAAAGGGGUAUGUUAAUUUUGCGAAUGGAUCACGCUAUUGUAAGAGAAGGAGGAGUAAAAGCAAUGCCUAAUGAAGCAAUGCGAUGGGCCCUAUCCUUUAGAGGUGUAAACCCUACAAAUAUGUCUAUAGAAAGUAUGAGAAGCUGGCUUGAGCAAUGGUUAGCAGUAUCAACAUCUGUUGACAAAAAUAAUAUCUCUUUGUUAUUACAUAGCCCAAUUUUAUUAGCUUAUAAUCAUACAACAAAUUGGAUUCUUAUAUAUAAUUAAAGAUUCUUCAUUUUUGCUAGAUU